CCAAUCAGAUUGCUGCUUACAAAACAUUUUGAGCAGCAGUUGACCUGAGAAUAUUGAGGCAAAUACGACUCCAAAUUUGACGAUAUUUUCAUUAAUUAGAAGUAAAUUUCAAACGUGUUCAUAUUGAACACUUUUGAAGACUGGAAUAGCUUUAUUUACAGUGUGCUAGAUUAGAUAUUUGUGAUUAUUAACCACAGGUAUAGACAUAGAUAGGAUGAGCAGUCAGAGUAGUGGUGAAAAACCUCCAGAUGAUUCUGGGAAGGCUGGUCAACCACUGAGAAUUCCAUCUAGUAAACCAUCCCAAAGUAACGCACCAUACCAGACAUUAUCUAAAACACUAAACAGACCAGUUUUACAGAUGCAGAAUGUUGGUGGAGUUAUUCCCCCUGCUCAUUCAGCCCAAUCUCUGCAAUCUUUUUUGCCAGCAGCAGCAGGACUUCCUCAGGGUCUUCUGGCUGGAAAUAUUGAUGUGAACAAACCAUCACUUACUGCAAACCCUAUUAACUUUUCAACUUUGACCCCAGCCUCAACAACCCCCACGACUAUGAUGCCCUCAACACAGAUUGUAAGAGUGGCCACUCCAGGAACGUCACAGCCUAGUAUUGUACAAAUUAGUGCUCCAACCUCUGUCACAUCAACAUCACAACAUGGAACAGAUGGAUCCAUCCUAAAACCACAUAUCCAUACAGCUUAUCCAUCUCAUCUUCCUAGAGGUGCCGCAGCAGCAGCCUCUGUUUUAGCAGCACCAAAGUCUAACACAGCUGUUCCAAUGUUACGACCCAGUCAACAUGCUGUGCCAACAUCAAGUUCUGCCACAGGAAUCCAUGGCGCUAGAGGCUCAUUGAUUACUACAACUCCACUAAGGACAACUACCCCACCAUUAACUAGACCAAUCUCUCCCGCCAUUUCAGUAGCAACUACACUUUCGGAAACCCACAGACAAAUGAAAGCAUUGCCAAGUACUACAGCUAUGAACACUGCUCCCAGUAUACAGAUAACACUACAGACAGCAAACAGACCUGACAUUACCCAGAAACAAAUGAUCACUCAUCAGCAACCAGUUCAGAAACCAGUUCACCUGUCACAUGGCAUGGCAUUAUCAUCCCCUAAAAUUUUGAUGUCUCAACCCUCCGUUACCCAGCAUUCUGUAUUGUCAAACAUAUCCAAAACUAACAAGUCAACAGUCCCAGUAUCAUCUAUAGCCACAUUUCCAGCAUCAGCAGUUACCCUUAGUAAUCUGACGUCUGCUCCUAUAUCUUCAAUAAAUUCUUUAAGUGCAGCAUCAUCAAUCAUUCCAGUUGCUAAAGUGAAUCCUGUUAGGCAACAACAACCAUCAUCUAUAUCAUCACAUUUACCCUCACGUCCAGUGACGACAACACACGACAGAACAGAACCUUUAACACAGGUGCAAUCUACUGCAAUGUUCAUGCCUCAACCUCAUCGACCUAUUACUUCAACAAUGACAUUGCCAGGUUCAGUCACUGGAGUUGAUACAAGGCAAGGAGCAGGAAUGAACUUGUCACAGUUACAGCUACAGUAUAUGAUCUCCCCUGAAUAUCAUCAAUUAAUGUACCAACAGAUGGCAGCAGCUGCUGCAGCACAAGCAACAGGAUUACCCAUAUCAUCAGCUUCAUCAGUCAGACCGGGUCUCAUUAAUCAAACACCAAACUUAUCUGCCACAUUACAAGCAGCAGUCCAUGGUUUAGUGUCAACAACCCAGCCUCUAGUGGACCACAAUACAAUGUUAAUGAGACAGGGACCUCUUUCUCUGUUUACUCCACAUUCUGCUGGUACUUCUUAUACUACAUCUUCUGAUGGAAAUGUGAUAAGGCCUACAACUCCAAAAGAUUCCUCAUCUGGAUCUAUCCCAUCUACCUCUGUUGUCAUGGCAACAGCAUCAAUACCGGUCAAUGUUCCAGCUUUAUCAGCAAUGGCCAUAGCCAGCAGUAAUAUUCACAGUUUAGCUACAGCGUCCAGUAAUUUGUAUAUAAAUGCAGCACAGGCUACAAAUGUUCCACAGUUUCAGAGUAGUCAACCAACAAACAUACCUGUAACUAAUGCCAACUCUUCACCCAGACCAAGUAUACUGAGGAAACGCACAAACGAAGGUAUGACAGUGGUAAAGAAACCAGUGUGUGGUUUAAAUACAGUACAAGAAAAGUUACCAGACAAUAACAGUCCUCGGCCUGAUUCUCGGACAGACUCAGCCCCUCAAUCAAAUACAAGUUCUCCUAAAACACCAGCUACACCUGCAGGUGAAAGCCAGUCUUCAACAGAUACAGCUUUAUCUAGUGAAGCAACCACACCUACCCAGAAUGCAUUAUCUGAUUUACGAAUAAAACAAGAACCACCAGAUACAAUAGAAAAUGGUUUUCCAAAUAGCUCUUCAUUACCAAAUAGUACAGAAACUUCACCUAGAAAGAAACCUAGAAAACAACUUUUACAUGUGAAUGAAGAAUUAAAAGACAGUUCAACAUCAGAAGAUGAUGACUUUGAGGAAGAUAAAAUAGACAUAAGAGAGGAAGAUUUAGAAUUCAGAGAUGAAUAUGUGGAUGAUGAAGGUGUCCGGUGGACGUUGGAAAAAAAUAGACCAAAUAUUUCUUUAUUGAACUUUUAUAAUUUUACAUGGAAGUCUCGGAAUAAUCAUUUCCAAAGAUAUACUGAUGUUAAACCAAAAGAUGAAAGGCGACCUACUGUAAAUGAGCUAUCAAAUCAAAGAGCGGUGACACAAAAGGCCAGUGGAUGGAAGUUAUAUCAUAUGGCUGCACAGAUGGAAGAUCUGACAGGACUAGAAAAAACAUUACAUCAGAAAGUGCUGUCACUGCAAGAGUCAAUAGCUCCACAACCAGUCCGACAACAUGCUCCAGAGGAUGACUCAGGACUCUUACACGAAUUAACUCAGGCAAACUUGCAGAGAAGCAAAUUAAUAGCGGAUCAGUUAGACGAAGCAAAGACUUCAAUGUUAAAAGUGCUGGACCAUAAAACCAAAAUAUUUGAGAUUAUAAACAAACAUAUGAGUAAACGACCAAUCAAAAAGAAAGAGAGAUCAUAGCAAUAGUCUUGUGUUUUUAUAUUAGAUAUACACAUUGUGUUCAUAUGUUGUUAGUUGAGAGAAUGAUGGAAAGCAGAUAACAGUUUGAAUCUUUUACAACAUUUUAAAUUGAUGGAAGAAUAAUUACAGAAUGAAAUACAUUUAUUAGAUCUAUAGCUUAUAUGAUCUUCUAUCAUGUAAACCUGUUAUUGCAUCAGAACUAAUCAUGUCAUGAGAGAUAAAUAUGUGCAUUCAAUAAAGAAGGAGAUAUUGUACAGGGUCACAUUAUAGUAAUGUGCUGACAUUUGUUUGUAUCAUGUGACAGAAGCAAUGUCACAUGAUAGUAAUGUGACAACAUUUGUUUGUAUCAUGUGACAGAAGCAAUGUAACAUGAUAGUAAUGUGACAACAUUUGUUUGUAUCAUGUGACAGAAGCAAUGUAACAUGAUAGUUAUGUGAUGACAUUUGUUUGUAUCAUGUGACAGGUUUACAAUCUUCCAGUCUCUUGAUGCCAUAUACUUUUAUUUGUUUGUUGAUGUUUUUAUUAAGUGCAACAUCAGUGCUAUUAUAGAUGACCGGUGUUAAGGGAUUAAAUGGCAAUGUUUACGAGCUGAAUCUAACACAAGAAUUGUGAAAGUAAAUAUCAUUCAGUUUUCUCGGUAUAUUGCUAGACCUAAUAAUACAAUGAUAAGCUUGAACUCACAAGUUACAAUAAACAUUCUUUACAGUGCAGUAUGAUAUCACAGUAACCAAUCAUAUACAAGCAAGGGUAGUAUUUAGUUUGACAGAACUAUAUUGUUAAUGAAUAUGUAUCUUUACCAUUUCAUAAUUAAAACUUAUUAGUCACCAGAUCUUAAUGAAGAAAGCAAUGUCAUUGAAAACAUCAAAUCAAUUUAUGAAUGCUUUUCAUUUUACACCACUAAUUACAGCUUUUUUUAAUUCAUCCAGAGCAUUUGGUAACUAAAUAACAUGAAAUUGUAUUGUCUGAUGACAUUGUAUUGAUACUAGGUUAGCAUGUAUAGAUGGUUAUUUUUAUAUGCAUUAUGUUGCAAUUGUUAUCUGAUGAUAAUUAGAUAAAGAACAAUGAAAUUUUACAA